UUAAAAUGAAUAAUAAUAAAAGAUCAACAAUAGAAGAUGCUAUGAGAGCAGAGAAGAUCUCUUUAAACCCAUACUAAUAAACUUAGUAACCAAUGUACUAAAAUUACUAUGGAUAUAACUAAUAUAUGACAUAUGGGUAUUAACAAAUGAUGCCAAAUCAAUAUUAAUAUAAUCAAUAUUAUCCAUACAAUUAUUAAACCGUACAGCAACAAUGUAUUUGAUUAUUUAAAUCUAGAACAAACUAAUUUGAUGUAAAACCAAAACAACAUUUACAGACCUUAGUAAUAGUUUAUUUAAUAAUCUAAUUCUGUUUUGAAUUCUCAAUAAAAAGUAUCCUAACCACUCUAACAAGCAAAUCAAUAAUAGCCCUAGCAGCAAUCACUUAUUUAAUAAACUCAAGAUUAAUAAUAAAAAAAUGCGAUGAAUAAUAUAAUCGAGAAGGAGUAAAAUCAAUUUUUACCUCCAGUUGAUGUUUCAGAGUUAGACUAACCUUCAAGAUGGGAGAAUGAAAUUAAGAUCUACUCAUAUUUGUAUCGAAAAUUAAACGUUGAAAUGCCUAAUUUAGUUAGUAAUGAUUAUUUUAAUUAUUUUACAGGUGCGAGAUUUUGUAAUUCGAGAGAAGUAUUUAAUGAAUAAUCUUCUAUUACUGUAAAACAGUAUGUAGAGAGAGCAUUCAAUAAAUGUCAAUCUGAUGAUGAGAGAAAUCUAAUGGAACAAUAUUUAAAGGCUACAAUUGCAGAAGCCAAACGUAAAAAUGAAUACAGUGUAAGAGAUUGGUCAAAAUUUCCUUUGCCAACACUUCCUAGAGAGAAUUAAAUACGAACUUAGUCUUUAUUCUCUUAAUCUCUGUAAAUAAAACAAAGCACAGCUAUGGCAUUGAAUUCAUUAGGCUAAACAAGUAAAUUUGGGGCACCAAGUUAAGCCCAACCUAUUGGACCAGCGUAAAGUAAUGGUUCUUAAUAAUAGAAAUUACAGCAUCUACUAGUAUUUAAAAUUUGAUGUCUUUAAACGAUUAACUGAAAUAGUAAUAAGUUGAUGCUAUUAAUCAAAAUCAUAUGAAAAAUAAGAAAAGUGAGUAUAGUAUAGAUUUGGCUAUGUUAUAAAUUGGAAAAUUACAGCCCAAUGCUACAAUAUAGAUCAAAUAACAAUAAAAAUAGAUUAAAAAAAAAAUAGAAGAAGAAGACCAAUUUAUUUAAACUAAUAUGAAAAUUACAGUAUAAUGGAAUUAAAUUUAUUUUUAAGGGAACUUGUGAAGACUUAGAAAAACCAUAUUAUAGACUAACUGGUUUGCCUGAUCCAAAUACCAUAAGACCUGAACAUAUUUUAAAAAAAGCAUUAAAUCAUAUUUUAGAAAAGUGGAAAAAUUGUUAAGCUGAUUAUAAUUUCACAAUUGAAUAGUUUAGAUCUAUAAGAUAAGAUUUAUUGGUUCAACAUAUUGAAAAUAGAUUUACAGUUUAAGUUUAUGAAGAAAAUGCUAGAAUAUGUUUGGAAUGUGGAGAUUUCCCUAGAUAUGAAAGUUGUUGGACAAUGUUAUGUGAUUUGUAUGAGAUGAUUAGUAUAAGUGAAGGAAAAGAUGUUAAUUUUAUAGGAAAUAAAGUUGAAUUUGAUAGUUAUAGAAUUGUUUAUCUAACAAUGUUAAAUAAAUAAGAUUAAUUAGUCAAAAUAUUACAUUAAAAUUCGGAUGAUUAGAGAAUUAAGUUUGCUCUUGGGUAAUUAAUUAAUUUAAUAUUUUAGUAUAAGAGAAUCAUAUAAAUGUGGAAAUUAUGUUAAAUUAUUUAAAGAUUAUAAAGAAGCUGGUGAAACUAUGGGAAGUAUUAUUAAUCAUUUUUUAGUUAGAAUUAGAGUAAAAGCAUUAAAAUAGAUUGUAAAAACGUAUCAAUUAUAAAUUUAUUUUUAGAUAUAUUUCAAAUAUAGAAUUAGAAUAUUUAGCCUAACUUUUGGCAUUUUAAGAUGUGGAUUAAUUUAGAUAAUUUAUGUAAUACUUUGGUAUUAAAAUUUUAUUAAAUAUAAAUAGAUCUAGUAAGAUUUGAUGAAACUUUGACCUAUUUAUUAACCAAACAAAGUGUAAAUGCCUUUGAUAAUAUUAAUUUUGAUAAGUUGAAUGAGUGA